CGGUGGUGGCGGCGCAUGCCUUCAUUUAGAAUUUUAUAAAUUUAGAAGGAUAAAUAGCAAAAAAUGGAUACCCGUAAACUAACCGAAAUUUUGAGUGCUACAAUCGACCCCAAUCAGAGGCAGCAAGCUGAAGAACAACUAGCUCAGAUACACAAAAUAAUUGGUUUUGCACCAUCUCUGUUACAAGUUGUUAUGUUAAAUGAAGUUUCAAAGCCUAUUCGACAAUCUGGGGUAGUCUAUUUGAAGAACAUGAUCACAUCAGGAUGGCAAGAAAAAGAGGCAGAAGAAGGGGAGCCAGUACCUUUCAGUAUACAUGAACAGGAUCGUGCUAUGAUAAGGGACAUAAUUGUAGAUGCAAUUGUCCAAGCACCAGACCUAAUAAGGGUCCAGCUCUGCGUUUGUCUCAAAACUAUAAUCAAACAUGACUUCCCAGCUAGAUGGACACAAAUUGUUGACAAAAUACACAUAUACCUACAAAAUCCUGAACCCAACAAUUGGAUGGGUGCAUUGUUGUGCCUCUAUCAGUUAAUAAAGAACUUUGAAUACCAUGUAACUGACAAGAGAGCACCACUCAAUGAAGCGAUGAACCUGUUGCUGCCAAUGAUGUACAACAUCAUUGUGAAUCUCCAGCCCGACCAGUCCAUGGAAUCUGUGCUCAUUCAGAAGCAAAUACUCAAGUGCUUCCAUUGCCUCGUAAAGUACAUUUUACCAUUGGAUUUAAUAACAAGGGAAAUCUUCACAAAAUGGAUGGAAGUCCUCAGAUCUGUAAUGGAAAGGCCUGUCCCAGAUCACACAUUGCAAGUGGAUGAAGAUGAAAGGAUGGAACUACCGUGGUGGAAGUGUAAGAAGUGGGCAGUGCAUACACUAUACCGAUUAUUUGAAAGGUAUGGAAGCCCAGUAAAUGCCAGAGAAGAAUAUGUUGAGUUUGCUGAUUGGUACUUGACAACAUUUACUGGCGGUAUUUUGGAGGUUCUAUUGAGGGUGCUGGACAACUAUAGGAACAAAAUAUAUGUCUCGCCUCGAGUGCUGCAACAAACUAUUAGUUAUAUUGAUCAGUGCGUUAGUCAUGCUUAUGCCUGGAAGUUAUUGAAACCACACAUGUUUGCUAUCAUUCAAGAUGUGCUGUUCCAACUUAUGUCAUAUUCAGAGGCAGAUGAAGAAUUGUGGUUUAAUGAUCCAUAUGAAUAUAUCAGAAUUAAGUUUGAUAUAUUUGAAGAUUUCAUAUCUCCAGUAACUGCUGCACAAACAUUAUUGAUAUCAUGUUGCAAAAAACGGAAAGACAUGCUGGAAAGAACAAUGCAUUUCUGUAUGCAAGUCCUCACUGGUCAAGGAGCGGAAUAUGGCCCUAGACAGCGGGAUGGUGCUUUACACAUGGUGGGAACUCUAAAUGAUAUUCUCAUUAAGAAGAAAUUCUAUAAAGAAGAGAUUGACUCUCUUUUGAGCCAAUAUGUUUUUCCUGAGUUUCACAGUCAAUUUGGAUACAUGAGAGCACGAGCCUGCUGGGUCCUUCAUUCCUUUGCCAGUGUUCACUUCAAGAAUGAGGCCCUUCUUGCAGAGGCAGUACGACUUUCUGUCCAUGCUCUUUUAAAUGACACAGAUCUACCUGUUAAAGUUGAAGCUGCGAUUGCCAUACAAAUGCUUCUGACAUCACAAGAAAAGGUCCACAAAAUGUUGGAGCCUCAAGUUAAACCAGUGACUUCGGAACUAUUGAAAGUCAUCCGUGAGACAGAAAAUGACAAUAUAGCCAAUGUACUGCAAAAGAUUGUACCAGUAUACACUGAGCAAUUGAUGCCAAUGGCAUUUGAAAUUACAGACCAUUUGGCUACAACUUUCAGCAAAGUGAUAGAGACUGACUGUGGAACAGACGAAAAAGCAAUCACCGCUAUGGGUCUGCUUAACACCAUGGAGACUGUUCUCAACGUAAUGGAGGACAAUCCCGAAAUUUUGGCACAACUUGAAAAAACGGUUUUACGGGUAGUGGGCCACAUUUUACAUCACAACAUUAUUGAAUACUAUGAGGAAGCAAUGACUUUGCUUUGUACUCUGACGUCAAAGACCAUAUCAGAAGACAUGUGGAAGGUACUGGAGAUGCUAUACCAGGUGUUUGAAAAAGAGGGCUUUGAUUAUUUCACUGACAUGAUGCCUGUUCUCCAUAACUACAUCACUGUUGACACAAAUGCUUUCCUAUCAAAUGAGAAUCACAUUUUGGCUAUGUUUAAUAUGGUGAAAGCUGUAUUGAACUCAGAUGCAGAAGAUGAGUCUGAGGUGUAUGCUGCAAAGCUACUAGAGGUGAUGGUGCUCCAGUGUUCUGGAAAAAUUGACAACUGUCUACCCUCAUUUGUGGAACUUGUACUGAACAGACUUACAAGGAAAGUCAAGACUUCAGAAUUGAGAACUAUGUUAUUACAGGUUCUAAUAGCCAUACUUUAUUGUAAUCCUCACUUGCUGUUCAACAUAUUAAUGAAAUUACAAGAAUCAGUACCCAAUGCAUCCAUUACACAACACUUCAUCAAGCAGUGGAUUCAUGACACUGAUUGCUUUAUGGGAUUACAUGACAGGAAACUGUCAGUACUAGGCAUUUGCACACUGCUGGAAAUGGGACCUCAGAGACCAGCCUUAGAUGAGGUUCUUCCAAAGAUAUUACCAUCAUGCUUGGUGCUCUUUGAUGGAUUGAAGCGGGCUUACGAAGCAAGGGCUGAAGCUGAUGAUGACUCCUCAUCAGACGAGGAUGAUGAUGACGAUGAUGAAGAAGUACUUUCGACUGACGAUGAUGACUUCGAUCAAAUGAAUAAUGAAUAUUUAGAAAACUUGGCACGCAUCACAGCUCAGAAGAGUGCCGCCCAAGACAUUACAAUAACCACCAAGAUUGAGUUUGAGAGUGAUGAUGAAGUGAGUGAUGAUGAUGAUUAUGAACAAGAUGAAACUGCAAUUGAAUGCUACACCACAGUCCUUGACGACAAGGACUGCCCAGUUGAUGAAUACAUCAAAUUCAAGAAUGCACUGUCUGGCCUGUCAACGAGCGAGCCAGCGCUGUACCACGCGCUCACGAGCGUGCUCGACGAGGAGCAACAGAAGCAGCUCAACGCUGUGUUCGUGCUGGCCGACCAGCGCAAGGCGCAGCAGGACAGCAAACGCAUUGAACAGAGCGGAGGCUACUCUUUCACGGUACCAGCACAAGUACCUACAACUUUCAAAUUCGGAUCAUAAAUGGUUAGAUAAAAGACUAAAUUGACUAAUUUUUAUCACAUUACAUUUACAUUUCUUUAUAUACGUUCUUUCAGCUCGAAUUGCGAAACAUUAUAAAUGUUGUUACUCUGUGCGAACUAUUUAUUUUACUAUUUAUUUGAUGUGUUUAGUAGUGAUGUAACGAAUAUUCGCAUUCGCAUUCGCAUUCGCAUUCGCCAAUAUUCGCAUAUUUUUCGAUAUUCGCAUUCGCAUUCGUAUCCGCAAAAAACGAUGCGAAUAUUAAGCGAAUGUAUUUACCAAACAAAAAGGAAAUUAUUAUAAUAUGGUUGCAUAUGAAAUGAUAACACAACUGAUAAGAUUUAUAAUUUAUAUAUUUUUAUUUAACCAUUAUACUUGAAUUUAAAAAAAUAUUAUGGAACAGUCUUGGUAAGCAACUAAAUUAGAAACACUUUCUCUUUUGUUCUUGUUAGUCUAAUUAAAAUAUUAACAAAAUCACAACUUAACUCCACCACAGAAAAAAUAAUGAAUGUCCAUGCCUUACAUACAUUUUGAAAAAAAUCUAAUUCUAAAUUCAAGUAUCUUUUGUGAAAACAGAACUUCAGAGAUCCAAUCAAAUCUAAGUAUAAUAUUAAUUUAUAACCUUUUUGGCUUUAAUUAUAUAUUUUUCCAUCCCACUAUAAUCUAUAUAUUUUCUAAGAAUUAAAUAUGAUAAUGAAAUAUAAACUUAAAAAACCAAAUAAUGAAUACUUGACUAUUUGUAAAUAAACUUUUCACAAAAAAAAAAAAAUUAUUUCUAUUUAAAACAAAAGUAAAGUUCUAAUAUUCAUAAUGUUAACAUUUGGUUUCAAUUGCACAUUUUUUCACUAAUUUUCUUUUUCUAUGAAUUAAAAAUAAUGAAAUAUAAACUACUCUUUACUCAUGUUUUUAUAACAUGGCUGACACGAAGUGUCAAACAUUUUGCGCGCGCUUUAUUUGAAAUAUAACAUUCGCAUUCGCAUUCGCAUUCGCGAAUGUGAAAAAUCCAACAUUCGUUACAUCACUAGUGUUUAGUUCCUGAAUUAAUAUGAUGUAUAAUUUUUACCCAAACAACCGUGGUCGCUGAUAACAAUAAGGGCAAGGAACUUAAGAUGCUUGGAUUGCGACGCCUAUCAUUUUCGCUGAUAACAAUUAAGUCGAGUCCGUCCCCCCCCCCCCCCGACACACACACACACAUCACCCUGUGACAUUCUCUCCCCCCUGAUCAUUGCUUUAAUAGCGGAUAUUGAAUUAUAACAGAGGAAUAAUGAGUAGUCUAAUACCUCAGGUAUUGCAGAAGAAUAUUUUCAUUCAUGUUACUAGUUAUUUAUAAUUAACGAUCAUUGUAAUAUUACAUUACAUACGCCGACAAAAGAAGAUUUUGAAUUUAUAUCGUCUAUGAUCUGAUGGCAGAAAUUGAGAAUACCGUGUCAGUGGCGACUACAAGUGUAAUUAUAUCAGCGUGUAUUUGCAAUGAUUCCAAUGUAUCAAUAUUACCAUUAUCGAUAAAAUGUAAAACAUGUCAUCAGAAAUGCAUGCAAACAAAUUGACUAUCUUCGUUAUCAAUGUUUAGUA